AAGACACUGAGCGUCCUGCUGAUGUGAAAGCAGUCAAACUGAAACUGAUCGCAGUGUCUGCAACAUCUCAUAUUACAAUCCAUUGCUCGACCCUGUCAGAUUUAGCAUUGUUAUUCCAUCGUUACUAAUGCCUGGGAAUGAUAUUAAAAUGAUUUGCUGCAUGAAAAUGACCUCCAUCUGAAUGAUUGCUGAGUAAACAGAGCCCUGCCCACCGCGCCGUGCUGAAGCUGCUGAGCGGAGCAGACAGUGAGGCGAAGGACGCGCGCAAUCUUUCGGUUUCGGCGCGAUUAACCACAUCACGGAUUCGUUGCACAUAGUGCAGAUUAUAGCCCCGAAUGCACCGAUGAAGAAAUGGCAGCGGAAUCGAGCAGGAGAUUUACGAAAAGCCUCCUGAAGCCGGGAAGCGCAGCUGAGAUUCGGCAAACCGCUUCUAACGCUGUGAGGAACGCUACUCUAACGCAGGAGAAGCCCAAAGUGAUCGACCCUCUGGACUAUGAGGCUGUGAUUUCAGAGCUUGAACCUGAGUUCAGAGAAGAUCCUCUUCAAGAUCUCCUGCUAUUCCCAGACCUCGACUUCACUGUGUCCACUCUUCCUGUGGAGAGGAGAACGCUGAAGUCCACUGUGCCAGAGGGAGCCGACACACAUGCUGAAUGUCUGCUGGUCAGACAGGCCUGUCAAUAUUAUAACUCCCAGCUGCAUGUGAUCCAGUAUAAAUAUGAGGAGUAUGCAGGGGACUACCGCACGCUGCCCAGGAAGCUGUGUAAAUCAGAGAAGUUGCCCUCUCACUCCUUUGAGAUCGACCAUGAAGACGUGGACAGAGAUGAGGACACAACUUCUCUGUCAUCGUCUAAAGGAGGAGCAGGUAGUGCAGGUGCGGGGGGAAUCGGGGUUUUUAAGUCCGGCUGGCUCUAUAAAGGGAACUUUAACAGCACUGUCAACAACAGUAUCACCGUCCGGUCCUUCAAGCGCAGAUAUUUUCAGUUGACUCAGCUGACUGACAACUCUUACAUCAUGAACUUCUAUAAAGAUGAGAAAAUAUCAAAGGAACCCAAAGGCUGUAUUUUUCUGGACUCGUGCACCGGCGUGGUUCAGAAUAACCGCCUGAGGAAACACGCCUUUGAGUUGAAGAUGAACGAAGUGACGUAUUUUGUCCUGGCUGCUGAGAACGAGCAGGACAUGGAUGAUUGGAUCAACUCUCUCACACGCAUCCUUCAGAUCAGUCCUCCGGACGGCCCGGCUCUGGAUCGCAAGAGCGCAGACCUGAGCGACAGCAAACACGUUUUAGAGAUCACUGAUGUGUCAUCAAAUCAUGUCCCUGUUCAAAAACACGAGGAAACAACUGAAAACGGCAUCCACCCUGAACUGGCCAAGUAUGUUUCUGAGACAGAGGAAUCAGCGAGAGCUGCAAGACGAGAGGAAAGACUCAACCUGUUCUCUCUGGAUCCUGAUAUUCCUGUUUUGAGGAGCCCCAGGAUGGAGUUUGGGGAGUCUGCUUCUGUCCAGCCGUUCGAUGAGAAGCUCGGGAAGAGACUGAUGAUCUCCUGCCGCUCGCUCAACCUCACACUGCAGGGCUGCGUCAACGAGGCCGACACUGAGCCAGUGACUAAUAUCGAGCCCUUCUUCGUGUCGGUUUCUCUGCUGGACAUCCGUGAGGGCAGGAAGGUUUCCGCUGACUUCCACGUGGACCUAAACCACGAGCUUGUGCGGCAGAUGCUCAGUAGCUCUGGUAGUGCAGGAGAUCAAGGCUCUGAUGGUGGUAAUGGUGCUCCACAGGAAAACAGCCUCAACUCGCCUGCAGAGAAGAGAAGAGAGGACUGCCAGCUGAGCCCAGAGCUGGAGACCUGGCUGCACUUCACCAAACAGGCGAUUUUUUCCAUCACAAACCCGCACACAGACAUCGUGAUGGUGGCACGGGUGGAGAAAGUGCUGAUGGGAAAUAUUUCCAGCGGUGCAGAACCCUACAUUAAAAACACAGAUUCCAGCAAGACUGUCCAAAAGAUGUUGAAAUCCAAUAAGCAAUUCUGUAGCAAACUUGGAAAGUACCGAAUGCCUUUUGCGUGGUGUGUAAGGUCAGUAUUUAAGGACAACCAGGGCACAGUGGACAGGGAAAGUCGCUUCUCUCCGCUCUUCAAACAGGAGAGCAACAAGAUUUCCACAGAAGACCUCAUCAAGCUCAUCACAGAGUACAGGAGGGCAGAGAAGGCCAGUAAGCUCCAGAUCAUCCCUGGAAACCUUGAAGUGAACGUGGACUGUGUUCCCAUGGAAUGUCCCAACUGUGUGACGUCCUCGUGUGUGGCUCUAAAGCCGUUCCUGGACUGCGGUCUUCACGCUCCGACGGUCGAAGUGGACGAGUUCCUGCAGGACUCUUCGAAGUUUGCUCAGCCUUACAGAGUCUACAAGAAUCACAUCUACAUCUACCCCAAACACCUCAAGUAUGACAGCCAGAAGAGCUUCGCAAAGGCUCGAAACAUUGCCGUUUACGUGGAGUUCAGAAGAAGCUCUGAUGAAGAACAUGCCAAGCCACUUAAGUGCAUCUACGGAAAGCCAGGAGGUCCUGUGUUUACCACGACGGCCUGCUCCACCGUUCUGCACCAUUCACAGAACCCAGACUUUUAUGAUGAGGUGAAGAUUGAGCUGCCCACACAUCUUCAUGAGAAACACCACUUACUCUUCUCCUUCUAUCAUGUGACCUGUGACAUCAAUGCCAAGACCGGCUCUAAGAAGAAAGAGGCUCUGGAGACUCCAGUGGGCUAUGCGUGGCUGCCUCUUCUGAAGGAUGGACGUGUUUCCUCUCAGGAUUUCAGUAUUCCAGUCUCGUGCACUUUGCCUGGUGGAUAUCUACACAUUAAAGAGCCUUCAUCCACCAAAGAUGUGAAGUGGGUCGACGGGGGGAAGACGAUCUUCAAAGUGUCCACUUUGCUGCUUUCUACAGUUUAUACUCAGGACCCCCAUCUAAACCGCUUCUUCCAGCAGUGCCAAAAACGAGAGGCAGACCUCUCUCAACCUCCUACCUCAAACUUCCUCAACUGCCUUAAAGGCCUUCUGAGCAUGGAGAAGAUUCAUGUCAUAAUUCGCUUCCUUCCUAUUAUCUUCAACCAGCUCUUCAAAGUGCUCACCCAAAACGACACUGAUGAAGUGACCGCCAGCACCACCAGGGUCCUGGUCCACAUCUUAGCUAAGUGCCAUGAGGAGAAGCUGGGCCACUGUUUGCACUCUUACAUUAAGUUUGUCUUUAAGACUGAAGCGUGUGGCUUCAGAACCGUUCACGAAGAGUUGGCCAAGGGCAUGACCUCUGACCUGAAGAGCAACGACCCGUCGGUCAUACGCAAUAUCCUCAAGUUCUCGUGGUUCUUUCUCGAGAUCAUAGUGAAGUCGAUGGCGCAGCAUCUGCUGGACUCAAAUAAACUCAAGCUUCCUCGACCGCAGCGAUUUCCUGCCACUUUCCAGAGUCGACUGGAGACCCUGAUCAUGACGAUGUCCGAUCACAUCUACUGGAAGAGUAAAGAGAUGGCAGAGGAGACACGCAGCGCUAAUAUGGCCAUAGCAGCCUUUGUGAAGCGGUGCUUCACAUUCAUGGACAGAGGUUUCACCUUCAAACUGAUCAGCAACUACGUGAACAUGAUCACAGCCAGUGACAAUAAGACGCUGUGCGAGCUGAAGUUUGAGUUCAUAAGGGAAGUGUGUAACUAUGAGCACUAUGUCCCUCUGAGUCUUCCCAUCCCGUCUGCACGAAUCACAGACAAGGCAUCACCAGAAACCCAAAGUGCUCAGGUGGACUUUCCAGAGUAUAGUUUGACAGAAGAGUUCUGCAGGAAACAUUUUCUCCACAGAGAUCUGUUUCCAAUCUGCCUGACGGCCAGUGACCAGGGUUCCAGAGAUGAUCUCAGCGUUGGAGUAGGUUUAGCUGGUCAGGUGACCCAUGUUUUACGCCAUGGGAACUCGAUGGACGCGUCCUUCUCCAAGGAAUUGCUCAACUCCAUUACAGCCUUUUCGUCAUUGGCCGUAUCAACAGCUAACAAUGCAGACUCCAGAGGCUCUCUCAUCAGCAUCGAGUCGAACCCCAGCAACAGUGAGAAGACGGAUGGAUGUGAGAAGUUUGCCAGGCCGCAGUCUUCAUUGGGUUUUGGUGCACGCUUUGACAAACUGGAUCAAGCGGAGACCAAGUUGCUCAUAUGUUUCCUGCACAUCAUGAAGACCAUUUCAGAUGAGGUGCUGGUUUCAUACUGGCAUCGAGCCAUUCACCAGGAGAUCAGCGAUUUCUUCAAUAUCCUGGAACUGUGUCUCCAACACUUCCGGUUCCUUGGAAAGCGUCACAUUGCCAGGAAGCUAGCGGCCGCUGUUAAGCUGGCUCAGGCCACACAGAACAAUGGCACCCUGAAGGGGUCUAACGUGUCCGGACAGUCUUCAGGGCUCCUACCCCAAUGUGCCCGUUCCACGUUUUUCCAAGGUAAUGCGGAUCUGUGCGGCAGUCUGUGUUAUGAGGUCCUGAAGUGCUGUAACCAUCGCUCCAGCUCCCACACUGUAUCGUGGUUCACGAGCUUCCAGCAGUCUCUGGCCAUCAUCAACAACUUCGCCAAUGGAGACACGCCACUUAAAGCGGCCAUGUGCUAUAUCCACAUCUCAGCCCUUAUAGCAGAGUCUCUGAGGAGGAGAGGUUACUGGAAGUCUGAGAAGGGUCGGAUCUCAAGUGUGAGCAAAGAGGGAGCCUGUGGUUUAACUCUAGCCCCCUUACUAACUCCCCGCGAUGGAGAAAGUUCAUUCAGUAUGGGCUGGGCCGCCUUCAUGAACAUCUCUCCUAAUGUGAAAGAAGAGGGAGCGAUGAAGGAGGACGCCGGCACUCAGGACACUCCGUACACAGAGGACACUCUGGUGGAGCAGCUGGAGAUGUGUGUGGAUUACCUCUGGAAGUCUGAGAGGUACGAGCUCAUCGCAGAGAUCAACAAACCUGUGAUAGCUGUCUUCGAGAAGAGACGAGAUUUCAAGCGGUUAUCAGAGCUGUACUACGACAUUCACCGCUCGUACCUGAAGGUGACAGAGCUGGUGAACUCUGAGAAACGCCUGUUUGGACGCUACUAUCGCGUGGUGGCUUUCUAUGGACAGGGCUUCUUUGAGGAAGAGGAGAGUAAGGAGUUUAUCUACAAGGAGCCGAAGCUCACAGGACUGUCCGAGAUUUCUCAAAGGCUCCUCAAACUCUACUCAGACAAGUUUGGAGCUGAUAACGUCAAGAUGAUCCAAGACUCCAACAAGGUGAAUCCUAAAGACCUGGACCCCAGAUUUGCCUACAUCCAGGUGACCUACGUAGUGCCUUAUUUUAAUGAGAAGGAACAGCUGGAGAAGAAGACCGAAUUUGAGCGCCAUCACAACAUCAACCGCUUUGUGUUUGAGACGCCCUUCACCUCUUUCUGGAAAAAAAACAUGGAGGACGUGGAGGAGCAGUGCAAAAAAAAAACCAUUCUGACCACGAGCUCUAGUUUUCCCUUCUUGAAGAAGCGUAUCGGUGUGGAGCAGCAGAGCACGGAGAUGAAAACCCCAUCGAGGGUGGCGAUCGACGAGAUGAGCCGGAAAGUGUCUGAGCUCAAUCAGCUGUGCAGCAUGGAGGAGGUGGACAUGAUCCGGCUGCAGCUCAAACUGCAGGGCAGCGUCAGCGUGAAGGUAAAUGCUGGGCCCAUGGCCUACGCCCGAGCCUUCCUCGAGGAGAAGAACGCCAAGAAAUACCCAGACAACCAAGUCAAACUCCUGAAAGAGAUCUUCAGGUGCUUCUGCGUUUUGUUUAUUACCUAAAACUGUAUCAGCAGUCUU